UUGCUGGCAUUGUUCAAUUAUGUUCUCAAAUGAACACACUAUAUAUUAGCUCAUACUAUAUAGUAUGUCACAGUUCCAUUGUUCAUAACUUCAUAUUAAUUCCUUAGAAUUUGAAAAAAAAAUGGGACUAGGAAGAAGCAGGCCACGACUGAGGUUGCGAGGUUUGUGCUUUGGUAACGCAACCCCUCACGUAAGAGCUUCUUCUGCUUCUAGAGCAGAGUUUUCGAGCAACGAUGUGCAUGAAUCUUCUAGAGACAAGGCUGAUGAAAUUGGUCUUGAAACUGGCGGCAACAACCGGGUUAUGGUGGUUGUGGAUUCUAGCUUUGAAGCUAAGGGUGCUCUAGAUUGGGCACUCUCUCACACUAUUCAGAAACAAGACAAUGUUAUUCUUGUUCAUUUAGCCAAACCCACUAAUAGAGAAGAUUCUAAUGAAAGAAAGUUCAAUUUAAAGGCUUAUCAACUUCUGCUUGAAAUGAAAAACACAUGCGAAACAAAGAAACCCGGAGUGCAAGUAAGUGUAGUAAUGCUUGAAGCAGAGGAAAAGGGUGCUGCCAUAGUGCAAGAAGCGAAGCAACAAAGCGUGUCGCUGUUGGUCGUUGGACAAAGGAAGCGAUCACUAGUGCGGCGGCUGAUGGCGAAGAAGUGGCCGUGGAUGAGGACGAGAUCUGAGGUUGUUGAGUACUGCAUACAGAACUCACCUUGCAUGACCAUUGCUGUGAGAAGGAAGAAUAAAAAACUCGGAGGUUAUUUAAUUUCUACCAAACGGCAUAAAAACUUUUGGCUUUUGGCUUAAAUAAAAUAAAAUUUAAUUUUAAUUUACUAUCCGUGUAAAAUAAUUUUACACGUGUAUUUAAUUAUAUAACGUUAUAUAGUAAUAAUAACUAUCUUUUAUAUUAAUCGUGUGAAUGUUUGAAUGGUCAUCCAAAAAUACAGAUGUGAUCAGUGGUGGAACCAGAAAUUUCAUAAGAGGGAGGCCAAUUAAAUAUAAAAUAUAACAAAAAAUUAACAAAAUAUGAUUUGUAGCAUAUAUAUCAAAAAAGUAA